GGCUGGCUCUUGCUAAGCCACGCUUGAGUAAUCCGAGCUGCUGCGCGCCGUGGUGAAGCCCGGAGGGGGGAACGUCACUCCCUCCGGCAGCGGAGCAACAUGAGUCUUCCAGCCCUCUAACCAUCACUACAGCGUCGGAAACUGCCGGGUCACAGCCUUUUGCUUUGGAAAAUUGGCGAUGUUUGGUGCUCGAGAUCGGUUACCCUUGUAAUCUCUCCUCCCCCCCUCCUCGCUGCUUACCCCACCCCUACCCACCCCAGACAAUAGCGUCCGAGGUCCUCCUGGAAAAAAAAAUAGAAAAGAAAGCAAGGAAAGAAAGAAAGAAAAAGAAAGAAACUGGAGGAUGGAUCUGACUCCAGUAGGAAAAGCGUGUGUCUAGAAGUGGUGCUAAUGGGAAGAGAUUUCCGAGCUCCAGAGGACGAUGGUUUGUCACAAAGGGUAGCUGGCUCGGUGCUUUGGGCUGGAGCCGUGUAGGAGAUCCUUGGAGAAGUCGUUGUGCACAGACAGCCGAAGAUCUGUACAAACAUGCCUGUUCGCAGAGGUCAUGUGGCACCACAAAAUACAUUUUUGGGUACAAUCAUACGAAAAUUUGAAGGGCAAAAUAAAAAAUUCAUCAUUGCUAAUGCUAGAGUGCAGAACUGUGCUAUCAUCUAUUGCAAUGAUGGGUUCUGUGAGAUGACUGGAUUCUCCAGGCCAGAUGUCAUGCAGCAACCUUGCACCUGUGAUUUUCUUCAUGGACCAGAGACCAAAAGACAUCAUAUUGCUCAAAUUGCCCAAGCACUGCUUGGGUCAGAGGAGAGGAAAGUAGAAGUCACCUAUUAUCACAAAGAUGGAUCUACCUUCAUUUGCAACACCCACAUAAUCCCAGUGAAAAAUCAAGAGGGAGUAGCAAUGAUGUUUAUUAUUAACUUUGAGUACGUAACAGAUGAAGAGAAUACUGCAUCUCCUGAGAAGUGCAACCCAAUACUGCCAUCCAAACUUGUAAAUCAUGGUAACAACCUUUCAAGUGGCUCUUCUUCAGGCAAACUUUUUGGGUUCAGGUUACCUGGACUGAGGCUCUUAACAUACAGAAAACAAUCCUUACCACAGGAAGAUCCUGAUGCAGUGAUAGUGGAUUCAUCUAAGCACAGCGAUGACUCAGUGGCCAUGAAGCACUUUAAAUCACCUACAAAAGAAAGUGUUAGCCCUUCAGAAGCGGAUGACACAAAAGCACUGAUUCAACCCAGUAAAUGUUCUCCUUUGGUUAAUAUAUCAGGACCUCUGGAUCAUUCAUCACCUAAACAGCAAUGGGACAGACUUUAUCCCGACAUGAUACAGACAAGCAAUCCACUAACCCAUUCCAGAUCAAAGGAAAGCAUUUGUAGUAUACGGAGAGCAUCUUCAGUACAUGAUAUAGAAGGUUUUAACAUCCAUCCCAAGAACGUUUUUAGGGACCGACAUGCAAGCGAAGUUUCUCGUUCCUGGAUGGCAGGGGGCCCUUUUAAUCAUAUCAAGUCAAGUCUGUUGGGAUCCACAUCGGAUUCAAAUCUCAACAAAUACAGUACAAUCAACAAAAUUCCUCAACUCACCUUGAACUUUUCUGAUAUCAAAAGUGAAAAAAAAUCUUCAUCUCCUCCUUCUUCAGAAAAAACAAUUAUUGCACCUAAGGUGAAAGACCGAACGCACAAUGUAACAGAGAAGGUUACCCAGGUUCUGUCCUUAGGAGCUGAUGUUCUACCAGAAUAUAAACUCCAGACACCUCGCAUCAACAAGUUUACUAUAUUGCACUAUAGUCCUUUCAAAGCUGUCUGGGACUGGCUCAUUUUGUUGCUAGUAAUAUACACCGCCAUAUUCACCCCUUACUCUGCUGCUUUCCUCCUGAAUGAUAGUGAAGAACGGAAGAGAAGAGAGUGUGGAUAUUCCUGCAGCCCACUGAAUGUUGUGGACUUAAUUGUGGAUAUUAUGUUUAUCAUUGACAUUCUAAUAAACUUCAGAACAACAUAUGUAAACCAGAAUGAAGAAGUGGUAAGUGACCCAGCAAAAAUAGCAAUUCACUACUUCAAAGGCUGGUUCCUAAUUGACAUGGUUGCUGCAAUACCUUUUGACCUGCUGAUUUUUGGCUCUGGCUCUGAAGAGACAACAACAUUAAUAGGUCUUCUGAAGACAGCUAGACUGCUGCGUUUGGUGAGGGUAGCACGGAAAUUGGACAGAUAUUCAGAAUAUGGUGCUGCAGUUCUGAUGCUCCUUAUGUGCAUAUUUGCACUAAUUGCACACUGGCUUGCUUGCAUUUGGUAUGCCAUUGGAAAUGUAGAAAGACCUUACUUGGCUCAUAAGAUUGGCUGGUUGGAUUCUCUAGGAGAACAAUUAGGAAAGCAUUACAAUAAAAGUGAUGCAAGUUCUGGACCAUCCAUCAAGGACAAAUACGUUACAGCACUUUAUUUUACCUUCAGCAGUCUGACAAGUGUAGGAUUUGGAAAUGUGUCUCCAAAUACCAACUCAGAGAAAAUCUUUUCCAUUUGUGUCAUGUUGAUUGGCUCAUUAAUGUAUGCGAGUAUUUUUGGAAACGUAUCUGCAAUAAUCCAAAGACUCUAUUCGGGAACUGCACGGUAUCACAUGCAGAUGCUGCGAGUAAAGGAGUUUAUACGCUUUCAUCAAAUCCCUAACCCUUUGCGGCAGCGACUUGAGGAAUACUUCCAGCAUGCGUGGACAUACACCAACGGCAUUGACAUGAAUAUGGUCCUGAAGGGGUUUCCAGAAUGCUUACAAGCUGACAUUUGUCUGCAUCUCAACCAAAAUUUGCUUCAGAACUGCAAAGCUUUCCGAGGAGCCAGCAAAGGCUGCCUUCGAGCUUUGGCUAUGAAGUUUAAAACAACACACGCACCUCCUGGAGACACUUUAGUGCACUGUGGAGAUGUUCUCACCGCUCUUUACUUUGUGUCAAGAGGCUCCAUUGAAAUCCUUAAGAGUGACAUUGUUGUAGCCAUUCUUGGGAAAAAUGAUAUUUUUGGAGAGAUGGUACAUCUUUAUGCAAAACCAGGAAAGUCGAAUGCAGAUGUGAGAGCGUUAACAUACUGUGACUUGCAUAAGAUCCAACGAGAAGACCUACUAGAAGUUUUAGAUAUGUAUCCUGAAUUUUCUGAUCUCUUCCUCACCAAUCUAGAACUGACUUUUAAUCUGAGAGAUGAAAGUGCAAAGUCUGACCUCGUAAUAAGAUCACAAACUACUAAUGAUUCGGAUGGAGAUAACUUCAAACUACGAAGACGGAAAUUGUCCUUUCAAAGUGAAAUAGAGAAAGGUUAUUUCAAAGAGAAUAAUCGGAGUGAUCUUGAACACUCAGGGGACAAUACUAGAUAUUAUCAAUCUACCAAGAAACACUUUGAAGAGAAAAGAAGUGGAUCAUCAUCUUUUGUGUCAUCUAUUGAAGAUGAGCAAAAACCCCUGUUCUCUGGGAUAGCUGAUUAUCCUUCUAUAACAGGGAAAACCACAGAGGUUGAUAUUGAAGAAAUGGUCCAUGCAACAGAAGAUAUUCUUAUUGGCAAAAGCAGCAAUUCUUGCAAAGAUAUCACUGACAAAAGAAACUGGGGGCAGGAGGACAUCAGGGAGUACCAGGACUCUCCAAGUCAGUCAGCAUUACCCCACGUUACAUGGGGCAUUUGCGAAACUGAAAGCGACUUCAUAUAUGGGGAAGUGGAGAAUCGGUUAGAUUUACUUCAGGAACAACUCAACAGGCUUGAAUCCCAAAUGACUGCCGAUAUUCAAACCAUCCUGCAGCUUUUGCAAAGGCAGUCAGCGCUCAUUCCACCUGCCUAUAGCAUGGUAACUGCAAGCGUAGAAUAUCAACAGCCAGCUCUCCGGGUGAUGCAAAAACUUCAUCCUGUAGCAUCAAUUAAAACAGACAGAAGUUUCAGUCCUUCAUCGCAGUGUCCCGAGUUCCUAGACCUUGAAAAAUCAAAACUUAAAUCCAAAGAAUCCCUCUCAAGUGGAGUGCAUCUUAACACAGCAUCAGAGGACAACCUGGCUUCUUUUUUAGAUCAAGAACGUGACCAGUCUGUAGAGCGUCCCCCACAGCACUACAGAACAACUUACCUCCACCCAGUUAGGCACCCUUCCUUGCCAGAAUCUUCACUAAGCACUGUAGGAAUCUUGAGUCUUCAUAGGCAUGUUUCUGAUCCUGGUCUUCCUGGGAAAUAAUACUUUUAUACUAUUAUUUCACAUAAAAACGUAAGUGCUUUUAAUGGCUGUUUUUCCUUUUUUGUAUUAAAAUCCUCUAUACUUGACUCAGGGGCUAUAAGGAAUUAACCAUUAUAUGCAAAAGUACUGUAUAUUUUCCUAAAUCUGAAGCUUGUAAGGUAAAGUUGAGCAGUUCUGAUGUAAAUAUAUAUAUAUAUAUAUACACACACACUAUCUGUAUGUUCCAAAUGUAAAACUGCCAGCAUUCUCAAGGCACCUUAUAUUUUUAUUUUUUUUAAAUACAUGCAUGUUCUGAAAUUACAGCUUACGUUGCAUGGAGAUUACUAUUUACUGCUUUCACAGAAAUAGUACUUUAUUGUGGGUAUGUCUUCAGAGCAAAUAAGAGAUCAAUUCAUAAGAAUAAUCCGCAUAGAAGAGACUCCUACUCAACCAAGCUACUCUGAAAUUUAUGUAAAAACUUCUAGCUCACUUUUGAAAAUUUAGUUAUCUUUCUUAUAGUGAGCUUUUUAUAGUCAAUGGUAAUGAUUCUGCAUCCAGAGAAAGGAUAAGGUAAGCAAGUCUUCUGGCUUCAAAACAAUUAAGACAAGGAAAGUAGCCUCCUUCAAAACUAGCGGAAGUAAGGCAAUAUUUUAACAGACAAACUUGGCCACAUCCUGGAAAAUAUCACAUUCAUAAAAACACAUUAAUGGUAUCGUUUGUUUCAGUACUUUUUUUUGUUUUUUAAGUUCUCAUCAUAGAGGUUAGCUGCAAUGAACAGGCAGGUACUCUUCAUCUGUCACACAAACAUAAUCAAAUGCAAUAAAUCUAAUUUCUAUAUAGUACAGAAGACUGUGUUCCUUUUGUUCAAUGCAAAUUCUUAAGGACCUAUAUAAUUUAAAAAAUGCUUUACUAAUUUUUGUUUUAUAAUGAUCACAGUUGUUGUUUGCACUUAUCUCUUAUGACUGUCUGGUCCCUCCACAAAGAUCCAAAAUAUAUAAGUAUGCAGACACAGGUGCACUACAUGCAUAUUCUAUUCCUGUAUGUGUGCAUGUGUGAAUAUAUGUACAUAUGUGUGUACAUAUGUGUGUAUUUGUUUAUAUACACACAUAUACACAAAUGUGUGUAUAUACCUACACCUACAUGUAGGAAUACAGACAUACAAAUAUAUAUACAAAUAUAUAUAUAUAUAUGUAUAUAUGUAAAAUCACUUUCAGGAACAUUGUAAACUUUCUUAUUACAAAUCAAGUAAGCUUAGCUUGGUCCAAAGCUGACUACAUUAGUAUAAAAUGAUUUAAGGUCCGUAGGCUUUAAAUACAGUAUGUACUGUAUGUGCAUAAUGCUUUGUGAAUACUUAAGAUUUAAUUUUAUUAAAAUAUUAUUCUGCUUCAAAUGUUGUGUCUUUUUUAGAAGGAACUGACCUUUUUAUUACUGUUUUUAAAAAUUUAAAAGUGUUCACAUGAUUUUCUAAUCUUAAACAAAGCUUUUACGUAAAAUUUCUCUAGGAAGAGAACUGAUUUCUGAAAAGCUGACACGUGACCCAAUUAGAGGGUAAGCAGUUAAAUUUUAACUAAAAUCAAAUUAAAGUCUGUUCUAAACCAGCGCUGUAGAUCAAUGCAAUAGUAGUUGACCCUCAUGUUAACAGAUAUAUACGUUAUCUGUAUGGGGGGGGGGUCAGAGCGACAUCUCACACUUCUAGUCACACACUGCCAAUAGAUAAACACAGGGUGGCUGAAUCUCCUCUCAUUUACAUUAGUGGGACUGUUGAGUUACUGAACAAGGCACUGCUUUUUUAGCUUUGUAUUUAAAGAUACAGAAAUGAAUUAACUGAAUAUGUUUGUAAGCGAAAUCCAGAUCUUUCCAUACAAGACCAAAUUUUCUUUUGCCUGAUGCUAGUGUUGACUGCUGAAAGGUCCAAAUCGUACAAUUUGCUGACUGUUCUUACUACUACCAUGACGACAGAAGUCUGUGCUGUUUAGUAUCUUGCAGGAUCAGAUCCUAAGUGAUAGCACCAUUGGGCCAGCUAGAAUCUCUGCCUCCAUCUACUCCAUUGAAACAAGAGUACUAAAUAACAAAGGAAAUAGUUUCUUUUUUUUUUUUUUUGAACAGUAAGAGUUAACAGCUUCUGCUCAAUCUCAGUCUAAUAUCAGUAUCUUUCACAAAGAAAAAAAAUUUUCUAAAAAAGUAUUUGUUAUGCUAGAUUUACAAGUCUAGUACAAAUUGAAAAUAAAAUUCAUGAAAAAUAUAACAGGUGAAUAUUGCUUUAGAAAAGGCAUUUUGUCCAAUUUCAUUAUUUAUUAUUUCACAUUUAUGCCAAGAGACUGAACAAAACAGGUGGACUGGAAAAGGAGAUUCAGGGAAGGGGAGAAGCAACAACUGUUGCAUUGCUCCAAGUGAAGGAAAAGCUCCCUCCCUUACUGCUUUUCUUGGCUCACAGAAGCUUUAUUCAUUUCUGUAUUUAUCGAACAGAAGAGUCUGAAAUGGUGCCGAAUAAGGGAGGCUUUGCAUAGCUACGGAGAUUCAAAGCUCCCUAAACAUCCGCCAAUGAGUGGACAAACAAAACACAUAAGACAACUUCCAGCUAGGAGAACUCUAACUGUCCUUUCUCUGCCAGAGAAGAAAGAUCUGUCUUCUCAGAUACCUUCUUUUCUCCUUUAAGUACAGUGAGGCACAUAAAGACCCACUGCUUCAGGCUUCUUUUCUUCUAGAGACAGGUAAAAAUGAUUGGUUUUGGAAAUGUGGUAUUUUUCUAAACAGCAAAAAUUCUCUUAUUUUCAGUUUUUCUGGGCAAGGUUCCCCUGAAGUCCAGUCUGAUUCUGAAUUGGUGGAAAUGGCUCUGCGUUACACAAAUAAAGCUAGGAGUUAUGUAAGGGCUGCAUACCCAUACAUUGCAAUACACAGUUGUAACAUAUGCAUAAAGGCUCUCAGACCUUUAGGCUCUAGUCCUGCUUAAGCAGCUACUUACAUUUAAAACCUGAAGCUAAAAAUAUGUAUAAAAUUAUAACCUGUAGCUGUGGAGAAGUAUCCUGAAAAUUCAUGAACAGCUAAUGCAACUGAAGUGUCAAAGCAACUGGGCUAAUCACAGCAAAUGCCAGAGGUGAGAUGGUACAAAGCAGCAGAGCUCCGCAUGACAUUAUAUUAGCUCCCACGAACUGUGGGCUUAGUUCAAUGUUUAAAGCAAAAAGAGCAGAGAUUCUGAGGCUUCUCAAUAGUUAAGCUGUGCAGUAACAGGUACCAUUGGCAUGUGCAUGUCCACAUACAUGCACAAAUUUACCUUAACGUCCAUGUGUAAUACAUGUC